ACUUAGCAACAACGGCUGACAUCCAACGGAUGACAGCAACGUAUAAAAGGAAGCUGCAUUUGAAUGUUCAUCAGUUAAAGCGGUAAAAAGGGGGAAUCUGAUUUAAAUUCACUAGAUAUAAGUCCAUCAAAACCGUUGACCAAAAAUGCGUGAAAUAGUUCAUCUGCAAGCAGGCCAGUGUGGCAAUCAAAUCGGGGCAAAGUUUUGGGAGGUGAUCUCAGAUGAGCAUGGCAUUGAUCCAACAGGCACCUACCAUGGCGAUUCAGAUCUGCAAUUGGAAAGAAUCAACGUGUAUUACAAUGAAGCAACAGGUGGAAAAUAUGUUCCCCGUGCAGUGCUUGUGGAUUUGGAGCCUGGAACCAUGGACUCCGUCAGAUCUGGACCUUUUGGACAAAUAUUUAGACCAGAUAACUUCGUCUUUGGUCAGAGUGGUGCUGGAAACAAUUGGGCCAAAGGUCACUACACAGAAGGUGCUGAACUUGUAGACUCUGUAUUAGAUGUGGUGCGAAAAGAGGCAGAAAGCUGUGACUGUCUUCAAGGCUUUCAACUCACACAUUCUCUUGGUGGUGGAACUGGCUCUGGAAUGGGAACUCUUCUCAUCAGCAAGAUUCGUGAAGAAUACCCUGACAGAAUCAUGAAUACAUUCUCUGUAGUGCCAUCUCCUAAAGUAUCAGACACUGUAGUCGAGCCAUACAAUGCUACCCUGUCUGUGCAUCAGCUCGUUGAAAAUACAGAUGAAACUUACUGUAUUGACAAUGAGGCUCUGUAUGACAUUUGUUUCCGCACAUUGAAACUAACAACCCCAACUUAUGGCGAUUUGAAUCAUCUUGUAUCAGCCACUAUGUCUGGUGUCACAACAUGUCUCCGCUUCCCAGGCCAGCUGAAUGCAGAUCUGCGUAAAUUGGCUGUAAACAUGGUACCGUUCCCCCGACUCCACUUCUUCAUGCCAGGGUUUGCUCCUCUCACAUCUCGUGGUAGCCAGCAGUAUCGUGCUCUGACUGUCCCUGAGCUAACCCAGCAGAUGUUUGAUGCCAAGAACAUGAUGGCUGCUUGCGAUCCUCGCCAUGGACGCUACCUUACUGUUGCUGCUAUGUUCCGUGGUCGCAUGUCUAUGAAGGAAGUUGACGAGCAGAUGCUGAAUGUGCAGAACAAAAACAGCAGCUACUUUGUUGAAUGGAUUCCCAACAAUGUGAAGACUGCAGUCUGCGACAUUCCACCUCGUGGAUUGAAAAUGUCUGCCACCUUCAUCGGUAACAGUACUGCUAUCCAAGAGCUGUUUAAGCGUAUCUCUGAGCAGUUCACCGCUAUGUUCCGGCGCAAGGCUUUCUUACAUUGGUACACUGGUGAGGGUAUGGAUGAGAUGGAAUUCACUGAAGCAGAGUCCAACAUGAAUGAUCUGGUGUCUGAAUACCAGCAGUAUCAGGAUGCAACUGCAGAAGAAGAGGGUGAAUUUGAUGAAGAGGAAGAAGAGGAGAUGUAAUGGGUUAAGACUGAAUAUUGAAAAUGUUGACUGUCAACUCCAUUUGAGACUAAAAGAAUGAACAUUUUUUAUCUAGUCACUAUUCAGAGUUGUGAAAAUGUGUAGAUUGCAUUCAUGUUUGAUGUGGAUUUUUAUCCUGCAUGAAUAAAAAAUACUUCAACUUA